AUGGUGAAGGUUUCCAUGGAGAGCAGCCCUUAUUUCCAGCUGGCAUGCCCCAGUGAUGUGUACCACAUCGUGCCACCGGGCGCCUCUGCCCCUGUGCGCAUCCGCUUCACCCCCGACGAGAACAAGAAUUAUUCCCAUGAGAUCACCUGCAUCACUGCCAAGGAGAAGAUAGUUGUGCCAAUUGAGGCCAUCGGUGCUCGAGCUAUCUUGGACUUCCCUGCCCAGGUGGACUUCUUCAAGUGUCCGGUCAAGCACAGCACCCAGAAGACUCUGCUGGUUCGCAAUGUUGGAAACCGGCCUGCUUGUUACGAGCUCAGCACCCAGAGUCCUUUCUCUGUGGUGCCGACCUCAGGAAUUCUGGGCGCUGGUGACGCCAUGCGGGUGAAAGUGAGAUUUCACGCGCUGACCAACGGGGACUAUUUUGGGUCCCUGGCAGUGUGCUGCAACCCAGAUGAACAAAUUAUCCACACAAAGCUCCAUGGAAAAGCUGUAGAUAUUGAUGUUGUGUUGAGCACAGAUUCCGUGGAGGCUGGCAAGACUUUUAUCACCAAGUCACACCAGACAACCGUGUUCAUCGAAAACAGGAGUAACAUCACAGCACACUUCCAGUGGAAGGCUCUUCCUACUGAGGAAGAUGACAACGAAGAGAAGAGGAGGCAGAGUUUUUUGCUACAACCAUCAGGUGAGGACUGGCUGGAAAACUUCAUGGAGGAGAAAGAAGUAGAGAAGGAGCAGGGCUUUUGUGAAGAUCACACUACCCUCCUGAGAAGCAGGGUCCAGGAGAAAAAGGCACAGGCGCAAAAAGACCCCCUGCUCUUCUCCAAUGACUUUUUUUUCAUUGAGCCAAUGGAGGGAGAAAUUGGGCCCAACUGUUCGGCUGAAAUCAAGGUGACCUUUCAACCCCUGGAAACACUGGAGUAUCGAAGCCGUGAGAGCAGGAUGCCCCUGUACCUCAGAGGGGAAGGCCAAGGACCCUUGCUUGAAUUCAGCUCUCCUACGCUGAACCUUGGCAAGAUUUUUAUCAACACCUCCUAUGUCUAUGAGGUGAAACUGAUUAACCAAGGAGCUCUUGAUGCUCCCUUCACCUAUAUCCCUUCAACCACAGAUGUGGACUUCUGUUUCAAGUUUCAACCCGAGCGGGGCAUCAUUCCAGCAGGUGGGACCCAGACUAUUCGGGUCUCCUUUGAUGCCACUGUGCUGGGGAGCUUUGAGAAAGCAUUUCAAUUCAGUGUGACUGAAUCUCCUACACCUGUGUUCCUGACCAUCAAGGGCAGCGUCACUGGACCGGAUUUACAGUUCGAUGUCCCUGAGCUCGACUUCGGGGACAUCUCCUUUGGCUUUCCCUAUACCCAGAGCUGCCGCCUCACCAACAGCUCCCCGGUGCCCGUGACGUUCAAGCUCCGCAUGUCGGAGGAUGGCAUGCAGCCGGCUGUGAGCAGCUUUGAUCAAGUACGCAAAGAAGGUGACCCAUCCUGGGACAAGGGAAUUCAAUUCUGUAUGGAGCCAAGGGAGUUCACAAUGAAUCCCAGCCAAGGAACCAUCGUCCCCCAGGGACACCAGCAUAUUCAGGUGACCCUCUGUUCCAACACCGUGACGAGAUUCAAACGGAGAUUGCUGGUGGACCUGGAGGGUAUUGCUAAGGAAGUGGCAUCAGUGUUCAUCAUAGCCAGAUGUGUCGUUCCUGAGCUGAAUGUGUUCCCCAUAAUCCUGCCGUACCGUGAGUGCCUCCUGAAGGUGCCAUAUGAGAGGAAGCUCUUUGUUACGAAUUCCACCAGCCUUCCUGGCUGCUACGGGCUUAUUCCCCAGAAACGCGAGGAGGAUUCUCCUGUGCUCUACAGCAGCCCCAAGCCCUGUGGGAUUGUCCAGCCUUACAGCACUGCAGAGAUCCCAGUUAUAAUCGAAGUGCAGACAGUGGGCGAGCAUCGCACCAACAUUCUCGUCGGCGUGUUCGGGGAUGCGAGACACCCACGGGGAGUAGAAUUAUGGAGCACUGGAUGGCUGGAUGAAAUCUACCCAAGUCCAACUCUGUUAGAGUUUGGCAGGAUCCCAGCUCUACAACCUGCUUCACAAAGCUUUACCCUCUUCAGUGAAUGUCUCGUCCCUGUAACCUUCAGGGUAGACAUUCUUUCCAAAUCCUACUGCUUUGUUGUUGAACCCAGUGAAGGAGUGAUCCCUGCUAGGGGUGAGGUUCCUGUGACUGUCACAGCAACCCUGGAUGACACUGUGGGUUUUGAGGAGUCUGUCCAGCUGUUCAUUAGGAACAGCCUUUGGAGCACCGUCUUUCUCCAGGCUUUUGGCAUUGGCACCACAAUUGUCAUAGAUGAACCAUUUGCCCCAGAGCUCAACUUGGGAUACCAAUUCAGCCUGGUGCCCUGUAUUCGUCAGUUCAAAGUAACAAACAAGGGCCGCCGUUACCAUCAGCUCUUCUGGAGUGCAGAAUGCUACAGCCCACCUGAGGAGGAGGCCCAGAGUGUCUCAGCCCUCAGUAGCCCCCAGGAUGAUUCCCAGAAGCCCAAACGUGCCAAGCCUGCGUUUGGGGUGAAGUCACCAACGAUGGGCCUGGCGCGAGGCCAGUCUGAGGACAUGGUGCUGCGAGGCUUCUCCCGCAUCCCACAGGAGGUGCAGGAUUAUGUGUACUGUGAUACUCUCAUUGGGACAGCCCUCAAGAAGGAGAGGAUAAUAGAAACAAUCAUCACCUGUGAGUUUAUUCACCCCUCUAUAGAAGUAUCAGCCAGAGAAUUCUCUUUCUAUGUGGAGAAGAAACCCAGUGAUGUCCUGAGGCUGCAGUACCAGCCUUUGUCUUUAAAAAACACCUGCCUGCUGCCACUGGACCUCAUGCUGGACUUGGAGCAGCCGUUCCAGGUCUGUGAUGAGGAGAAGCAGCCCCUCCCAGUUGGCCAGCCUGUGAGAGUGGAUGUAGGGGAGACCUGCCAUCUCUACAUCGUGUUUGACCCAGCUUAUGAACUGGAUUUUAAGAGCUGGAAAGAAGAAAAGGUUCUGAAGAUAGACAUGGUCAGGGGCCAUCCUUUUGUGGAGCAUAUCAGCCUUCAGGGAGAAGUGCACUUCCCAAAUCUCCAAAUGCAGCCCAGCUCCCUGGAGUUUGGCUGCAUCAGGGUUGGCACUGAAGAAGUGCGUUCCCUGGAGAUGAGCAACUGCAGCCCACUGCCCGUCCAGUACCACUGGUCAUUCCAGUCCGACAGCGAGGUGACCAGGUUUAGGUGCAAGCAGCACAAAUUCCUGAAUACCCUCGCCUCCAAGUGGGGUUUGAGGGAGUCAGUUGCUCCGUGGACGUACCGCAGACUUCCCUCGAAGCGCAGGAGCGCCAUCCUGCCAGUGUCAGGUGUGCUGCAGCCAGGAGAGAGCCAGCAGGUCUCCUUCACCUUCUGUGGCCACCUCAACACCAUCGCCGAUGUCACGGCGCUGUGCCACGUGGAGGGAGGCCCCACCUACGAGGUGCUGGUGACCGGGGAGAUCUCACAUCUCAGCUACCUCGUGAGGCCCCAGGAGAUCAACUGUGGCUUACAGAUGUUUAAUGAAAUUCGUCACAGCAAUGUCACCCUGGUGAAUGGUGGCAAGAUUGAACUCAACUGGGUGCUAAACCCCAGCCCUGCAGAUAAGCGUCUGCCUGGUGUGUUUCUGGUCAACCCCACCACUGGUUCCCUUGCACCUGGCAAGAAGCAAGUGCUGAAAUUCUCUUACAUGCCAGGAUUACCAGGAGCCUUCAGCAGGACUUACCAGCUUAAAGUGGGUGACCUGGAACCAGAAAAUAUCUGCCUGAAAGGAGAAGCAUCCUUUCCCAUGAUCAGUCUGGACCUGCCCUGGAACAUCAGAGGAAAUGAAAAAUAUGAGAAGACACUGAAACGGCUCGUAAAACGCCGGCAAAUAUUCGAUCCCAGCUAUAAAUCAGUUGUUCUGAAGAAGCCUCAGAGCCCAAAGACUGAGACCUUGAAGACUCGGGACCUGCAGCCCAGCGUGCUUGCCUCUGGCACUGUAUCAGACACUCAGCUGCAGAUAAAGAUGAUCAGGAUGCUGAUAGAGAAGGCUGCUUUGGAGCUGCAGCAAAUUCUUCCAUCCCAUCCCCUGAAGAGCAGGUUCCCUGACAAGGAGCUGUGCCAGAGUCUUGUCAAAGUUGAGCUGCUCGAGUAUGUCCUGGAUAUGGGCCCUGUCCUUAAGGGUUACACUGAGUCACACUCUCUGAAGAUCACCAACCCUGGGCAGAUCCAUGUGUCCUUCCAGGUCGAUGUAUCUGUCCUGCAGGACACAGGUUUCAGUGUGAGCCUGGACCAGAUGAUUUGCCUGCCCCCCAACAACAGCGUGGACUUCGACGUGCGCUUUGAAAGUGCCCACAAGCCGUAUGGUGACGUGGAAGUGGUGCUGCCCAUAGAGGUGAUAGAAGGCCCUAUGUACAGCAUCCGCAUCCGUGCCACUGUGUUGGAACUGUCACUCACCCUCUCCAAGAACAGAUUGCAGUUCUCUGACAUCGUUGUUGGGGACUGCCAGGUUAAUACCAUCCGACUCUUCAACUGGUUCCGAGUACCCUGCAAAUGGUUCAUUGCUUCCAACAAGCCUGCUCUGAGGGUAAAGCACAGCACCGUGUCAGUGUCUCAGAACAUGAGGAGACCUCACAUUAUUGAUUUCUGUGCCCAGAACAAUCAGCACGAGCCCUGUCCCUUUGACGUGACGCCCUCCAAAGGAACCCUUGAUCCAGGAAAGUGGCAGAACUUGCAUAUCCAGUUUACACCUGAGGAGGAGAGGUCUUACAAGAAUGAGCUGGAGCUUAUCAUUUGUGGGAGCAGCAAUCGCUUAAAGCUGCACCUCUCAGGACAAGGUCUGGAGCCACGGUUGGAGUUCAGGCCCCCAGCACUAAAGAUGGGAUGGAUGCUGGUGGACAGCGAUGGGGUGGAGGCCACAGUGGUGGUGAAGAACCCAUGCAACUUCCCCAUUGAGUUUUACUCCCUGGAUUUUGAUGAGCAGUACCUUGAGGAGGAGAAGAUCCUGCGGAUGGCAGUGGGGUCUGAGUACCAAAAGAGCUUUUUUCUGCCUCCACGUGCCGUGGGUGAGACACUGCCUCCAGAGGUGCUGCAGGACCAUGGAGCACAGUGGAGGCCAAAGGCUCAAGAGGCAGAGCUCAAGGCCAGGGCUGAGGCUGAGGCCAAGGCCAUGGGCAAGGCAGCAGCAGCACAUCACAGAGCUGUCCCAUUCUGUCCUGAGUCCAUGGUGAAAGAGGCUGGGAAUCCUGUCUCUCGGGCUGUCCUGCGCCACCUGGGCAUUGACCCGGACUCAAGGAGGUGCGAGGCGCAGCCCCACCAAGGAGGGAUGGUUGUCAUCAUCCAUGGGCCGCCCCGGGCAGGAAAGACAGAGAUAGCAGCAGGCCUGUGUCAGUAUUACGACGCUGCUUACGUGUCCAUCGACACCGUGGUGAAAGAGGCCAUGGCCAAGGACGGGAGCCCAGCGGGGCUCCGUGCCCGGGAGCUCUGCACCCAGGCUGCCCUGGAGCUGGAAGGCAAAGACGAAGGUGAUGCUGAUAAAACAUCUCAGACCAAGAAUAAACGAGCCUCUGGGGAAAAAAUCAACAAGAAUGUCAAAGAAAAGACCCCUCCAUCACAAAAGAAGGAGUCAGCCAGCAAACUUGGUAAACAUGACAUCAAGUUCACAGUUUCCACUGCUCCUGCGCCCCAGCAGCUGAACAUCGUCAGCAGUCGUGGGGAAGAGCUGAACUGCUUGAGCUGUGUGCUGCCCGAGGAGCUGCUGGUGGACAUCCUCAGUGAGAGGCUGCAGCGUAAAGACUGCUCCAAGGGAGUGAUCUUUGAUGGCUUGGAGAGCCUCUUUGCAAGCAGCCUGGAAUCUUCCCUACUCUGUGUACUCAAAGCUGUCAAGAAUCGUUGUCAUAUCUUCAUGGUGAACCUGCAUGAGGAUUAUGAUUCUUGGAAAGCCAGGGAGGAAGCUGAAAGAAAGAGGAAGGAAGCUGAAACAGAGAAGGAAGCUCUGCAGAGGAAAGCAGAACGUAUCUUGCAAAUAGAUGAGGAUGAGUAUGAUGCUCUCCCUAAGGAGAAGAAAGCAGAAAUGGAUAAAAUAAUCCUGGAAAGGAAGCGCAUACGGAGGAAAAAGGAGCUGAAGCGGCUGGCUCAAAAGCUUCAGGAGGAGGCAAAAGCCUUAGAGAGGCGGAAGGAGGAAAAGAAGGGUGUCUCCGUGCAGAAGCAACCUCCAAAACCAGCGAAGGAAGAAACCAGAUCACCUGAGGGGAAGGAAGCCCCAGAGAAGGGGGAAACCAAAGCCCCUGAGACCGGAGAAACCAAAGCCCCAGAGAAAUGGGAAACCAAAGCUGCAGGGAUGGGGGAAACCGAAAUUCCAGAGGACCCAGCUGAGAUGGAGAACUUGAUCCUGAGGUUUCAGAUUUAUGAUUCAUCACAGCAGAAUGUUGCACAGGUUUUCUCCUGCUGGGACAGGGUUCAGGGUACCGUGCAGUUACCUGUGAUCCAAAAGGGAAAGUCUCCAGCUGAAAACAAAGGUCAGAAGACCAAUAAGCCUCAGGAGAAGGUGGAGAAGAAGCCUGAACAAAAAAGUGGAGACCAAAGGAGUCUUCAGUCAUCUCAGCUGGGGACGCGAAGCGAAGCUGCCGAAGGAGCAGUCGGAGACGAGCACAUUGGGGUGCCGUGCCUGGACAUUGAGGUCUCAGAUCCAAAGGCCAUGAUUGGGCAGAUCCUGAGGGAUGGGAAGCUGCCAACGGAAGACCAGCUGCUGAAACAUCUGGGACUGCAUCCUGAUGGCCCCCCCCUUCCCCCUGCUGCUGUGCUCUCCAUAGUCGAGUACCCAGAGGAGAGACUGGGCUCUGCAGAGCGUGUGGAGCCCUUCAGCAUUGUGGCACCAGAAGGUGCUGCUAUAGAAGAGGAUCUGCCCAAGGCCCCAGAUCCAGAUGUGAAGGGCAGUUCUUCCAAGGGCCAUCCAAAGACAGGUAAAGCAACCAGCAGAGACAGCUCUGCCAAGGAGAAGCAUAUCUCCACACAGAGAGCAGAAAGUCCCCGGGAUUCCUCUGCAACAGGAUCCAAAAGUACAGUGGGAAGUGCCUCAGUCCCCACAGAAUUCCUCAGGCUGAAACGGUACCGGUGGAUAGUGCCUGCCCACGGUGAGGUGGAACUGAAGGUCAACUUCUUCGCCAAAAAGCCAGGGAGGUUUGAGCAGACACUGAGGUUUGAGCUCGUGCAGUCAAAGCGCCAGUACGAGCUGCCCUGCUGUGGCACCGGCCUGUACCCCAGCAUCAGCCAGAACCCACGGGUGGUGUUUCCACAGUGCAGGAAAACCAUGAAGGAAGACGAAGUCAUCUUCAAGGAAUACGUUGAGAGCACAAAGCAAUUCCACUUUGGACCGCUGCUGUGUGGGAAAUCAAGAGAGUGGUACAAGGCCCUGAACUGUCCCGGCAACUUGGAGAAGCUAACCAUCCUCAACAUCUCCCCCAUGGUCAUAGAGGUCCACUUCUCCUUUGAGAAUGAUGGGGAAGCAGAAACAUUCCUUCUGGACCCUCCCAGCCUAACCCUGAAACCAAAGGAGAAGCAGGAGCUGACCAUUUGGGCAUACCCCACUUCCCUUGGCUUCCUGGAAGACAAGCUCAUCUGCAGCAUUGAGAAGAACCCGGAGCCAGUGGUCUUCAGCCUGUGCUGCUAUGGGGUGCAUGUGAAGCUGGAGGUCAGCCCCCCAGAGCUCUCUUUUGACAAGCUGCUUCUGCACAGGACUGACAGCAGGACCUUGGUCCUGAAAAACAACAGCCUGCUGCCCAUGGCCUGGCAGCUCAAUGGGCUGGAUUACCUUGCUGAGAACUUCUCCUUGUCACAAGAUAAUGGCAUCCUUGAUCCCCACUCAGAGUUGGAAGUGACAGUGCAUUUCAAGGCUGAGCAGAUUGGCAUAAUGGAGAAGAUCCUCCGACUAGAGGUUUCAGAUAUAGAAAAUGUCCUAGGGGUUGUCCACACUGAAAACAUCGAAAUCUCUGCAGAGGUCUACGAUGUUUCUCUGACCAUUGACUUCAUACCUGAAGGUCCAGAAGGAAGCUUGGAAUUUGGAACCGUUAAUGUCCUGGAUAAUGUGAAGAAAGUCCUAAGUUUAAACAACAAAGGGGUAUACAACAUUGAGUACAGGUUCAUGCUGAAGGGUGCAGGUCCCAGGAUGCGAGACGCGGCAUCCCACUUCACUGUUGCGCCUCAGUCGGGCGUGCUGAUUGCCUCCCAGCCUGCUGUGAAUGUUGAGAUGCUCUUCCACCCCACCAGUGAAAUGCUCCUCAAGAACAGACCCAUCCUGUACUGCCAGGUGACAGAUGCCAGAUUAGGUCAAGGAGGCCAGGUUGUGGCUGACAUCCCACUGAAGGUGUCGGCCAAAGCCGUGUACAGCAAGUACAGCAUUGAGCCUGCCUCACCCAUCAACUUUGGGGCCAUGAUCAAGGGCACCAAGAAGAGCCAGACUGUGGUGCUGGAGAACAAAGGCAUGCUCCACUUCAAAUUCUGCAUCCGCCAACCACCCGAGGAUGCAUCUACAUCAGAAAGGAAAAGCUCAAAGGAAGGGGAAUCUGCUCCAUUGGCUGCUAGGCUCUCAACAGCAAGGAAAUCAAGCUCCUUCACACAGAGUCACCUCAAUCUUGGCAUGUUCACGGUGUCCCCCUGCUCCGGCUCCAUCGGUCCGUGGGGCCAGCAGAAGAUCACAGUGGACUGCUUCGCGGGGCAGGAGGGGAAAUGUGAGGAGCAGCUCUACAUUGACAUCCCGGGCAGAGACCCCAAGGAGAAUCCCCUGGGCAUUCCCUUCACCCUGAUUGCCGAGUCCUGCCUCCCAGGACUUGCUGAGGACGUGCUGUUAAUCUUUGAGGAGUACCUGAUCUGCAGCAGCACCAACCUCGACCGCAAGAUGCAGUUGGUGAAAGGCACGGGCCUGUUCGUCAGAGAUGAGAACAGGUUCAUCUUCAACAAGGUUCUGGUUGGCCAAGAGGCAGAAGCUCAUUUCAGUAUCUACAGUGCAAGCAGCCUGCCGUGUGAUGUGGUCCUUUCCAUCAAACCCCUGCCUGGAGAGGAACAGAUCCCUAUCAACAACGUUUUCAAGUUGGAUCCAGUCAAGAUGUCCAUUCCUGGCUCAUCCUAUGCUGUUGCUACAGUGACCUUCACCCCGCCAGAUGAGCAGAACUACAACUGCACCUUCAAGGCUUCCCUUGUCAUCCCCAAAGGCCCUGUGAAAAUUAAACCCCAAACCGUGACCUUCACCAUCAGUGGGAAGGCGCACGAGGCGCAGCUGACGGUCGUGUGCCCCAGCGCUCGCAGCAAGAGGGGAACGGCCGUGCUGCGCUUCAAGAGGCGCCGCGUGGGGACAUCCCAGAAGCUGCCCCUGGUCGUCCGGAACGAUGGCAUCAUACCUCUCAAGUUUAUGUUACGCCUGGAGCACGAGUACGGAGCGUUCUUCUUGAAGGGCAGGGCCUCCACACUCGAGGUAUUCCGCACUGAAGAUGAGGACUCCCUCAUAAAUGGGAGCAAGCCCACAAAGCCUUUCUUCCUUCUGCGUCACGGGGAAUCAGCAGAGUUUGAUGUCAUUUUCAAACCCACCCUGGCUCAACGUCUGGAAGGGGAGAUUCAUCUGUUGGUGGCGGACGCCUGCUCUAACAAGAUCCUAGUAGAGCUGGUGGGUGAAGGCCACAGAGACAGAUUCACCUUCAGAGGACUAAAGGAAGACACAGAGGAAAGGGAUGCUAAGAGCAGCCUGAAUAAAGACAUCAUUGAUGCUAUCAGAGUGAAUCACAUGGACUUUGGGCACUGUCCUGUCGGGAAGUGCUGCCGCAGGACCUUCGCCAUCAGGAACCGCACCCGGCACCAGUUCCUGCGCUUUGAGUGGGAGGCAGACGGCCCAUUCCACAUCUCCCCCAAGGUGGGACACCUCCGUCCUCGCCGUUCCAAGGAGAUCAGAGUGUCCUUCAAAUCAAAUGUCCCAGUCACCUACAGGAGGCACCUUGUGAAAUGUAAGGUGACCAAGAUCGAGUUUCAGCUGCCACCAAGGAAGGUUCCGGACUGGGAUGACCAACAGUGCAUUGUCACGUGGAAGAGUACCCCCAGGAAAGACCCAGGAGACAAAUUCUAUAAAAUGCAGAAGGUGGUCGAGCCAGUCCCAGAAACGGAUCACACUGAGGUGGAGGGUAGCACCCAGGAGGCCGAGGUGCGCCUCAGUGCUGCUGUGGCCUACACCCAGCUGAAGACGAACACCAUCGUGGUUCAGUUCAAGAACACCUUGCCCUUCCACACAAGGACAGCCACUUUCAGAAUUCACAACACAGGGAAGGUACCUCUGGAAUACUACUGGGAGGAACCUACAGCUAGUAAACCAGUGAAGAAGGGAUACUCGGUCGCUCUGAUGCGUCGGCUCCUCUCUUCUAAAAUUAUAAAGCAUCGCAGAAAGCUGCUGCGUCGUUACUGGCGGCGGCUGGCCCGUCCUCCUAAAGUGCGGCGGUGGCCUGACAAGAAGCAGCAGCAUUCCAAGUGGUGGCAGCAGCAGCAGCAGCAGCAGCAGCAGCCCGAGCAGCCAGCCCCUUCCAAGAAGAAGAAAAAGACAAAGCACGUCUCUCUACAGCAUAGCAGUUCCUCCAUGGAAAUCUUCCCAGAUCUGACCGAUGAAACACCGGCGGCACUGUUCUCCAUCGACCCCUACCGCGGCACCCUCGCUCCUGGCCAGAUGCAGACCUUCCACGUGCGCUUCGCCCCGAAGGCUGUGGGCAAGUUUAAGACCAUCAUGGUGUGCAGGAUUCCUAAGCUGAGGCCAAGUCAGAAGAAGGUGCGGCUGAUUUUGAGAGGCAGGGCCCGGGACAAGAAGAAGAUGAGGUUUGGUAAACCCAAACGCUCGGCGUUACGGCAGGCAGAGGAGAGCCCGAAGCCCAAGAAGAAGGUGCACUGGAAACUGCCCCCUGAGUGAGAGCGUUUGUGUCAGCUGGAGCCUCCACAGGAGCCAGCAGCACCGUGCCUUCUGCUGCUGGUGGUCUCCCACCCUUCACCAGAGACCUCCGCAGCUACCCUUCCAGUGAA